CGUGAUUCUGGUGAAAGAGAAACUGAAGUGUAUUCAAGCGGUUGUGUGUUUGUGUCUCUGUUUUCUUGCAGUAAAAUGGCAGAACCCAGUGUUUCUCAGGAUGAUUUCAUGUGUCCGGUGUGUCUGGAUCUCCUGAAGGAUCCAGUGACUACUUCCUGUGGACACAGUUACUGUAAGAGCUGUAUUACAGACUGCUGGGAUCAAGAGGAUCAGAAGAGAGUCUACAGCUGUCCUCAGUGCAGACAGACCUUCAGUCCAAGACCUGCUUUAUCUACAAACACCAUGCUGGCUGAAGUGGUGGAGAAACUGAAGAAGACCAAACUCUCUGAUGACUGUUACGCCGGAGCUGGAGAUGUUCAGUGUGACGUCUGUACUGGAAGAAAAUACAGAGCCGUCAAGUCCUGUCUGGUGUGUCUGAACUCUUACUGUCAGAAUCACCUUCAACAACAUGAGAGUUUCUUUAAAGGAAAGAAACACAAAGUGACCGAAGCCACUGGACGACUGCAGGAGAUGAUCUGCCAGAAACAUGAGAAGAUCCUUGAGGUUUUCUGUCGCACUGAUCAGAAGUGUAUAUGUAUGAUGUGUACGAUUAUUGAACAUAAAAACCAUGACAUUGUAUCAGCAGCAGACCAGAGGACAGAGAAACAGAAUCAGAUGAAGGAGACUCAGAAGACGCUCCAGCAGAGAAUCCAGCAGAGAGAGAAAGAUCUCCAGCAGCUGAGAGAGGCUGUGGAGUCUCAUAAGCGCUCUGCACAGACAGCAGUGGAGGACAGUGAGAAGAUCUUUACUGAGAUCAUCUGCUCCAUUGAGAGAAGACGCUCUGAGAUGAUACGACUGAUCAGAGAUCAGGAAAAGCAAGCAGUGAGUCGAGCUGAAGGACGACUGGAGCGACUGGAGCAGGAGAUCAAUGAUCUGAGGAGAAGAGACGCUGAGCUGGAGCAGCUUUCACACACACAGGAUCACAUCCAGUUCCUGCAGAGUUUCCAGUCUCUCUCAGCUCCUCCUGAAUCUACAGACAUCAAUGAUGACCUCUUCAGGUCUCUCCUCUCUUCUGAUGAUCUGAGAGAGUCUGUCCUUCAGCUGAGAGACAAACUGGAGGAUUUCUGUAAAGAGGAACUGAAAAAGAUCUCAGACAGAGUGACAUUCACCAGCAUUGUUCCCAGAACCAGAAAAGAUUUCCUACAAUAUUCCCAUCAGCUCACUCUGGAUCUGAACACAGUGAAUAAACACCUCCUUCUGUCUGAGAACAACAGAGUGAUUACUAACACUGACACAGAGCAGCCGUAUCCUGAUCAUCCAGAAAGAUUUGAUGUGUUUUCUCAGGUGUUGUGUAGAGAGAGUGUGUGUGGACGCUGUUACUGGGAGAUUGAGUGGAGUGGGAAUAGUGCUGAUAUAUCAGUGUCGUAUAAAAGCAUCAGCAGGAAGGGACGGGGUGAUGAGUGUGUGUUUGGAUGUAAUGAUCAGUCCUGGAGUUUAUACUGCUCUUCCUCUAGUUACUCAUUCAUACACAAUAACACAUGCACGGAUCUCUGGAAGUCCAUCAGCAGGAGAGUAGGAGUGUUUGUGGAUCACGGAGCAGGAACUCUGUCCUUCUACAGCGUCUCUGACACAAUGAACCUCAUCCACACAGUCCAGACCACAUUCACUCAGACGCUCUGUCUUGGGUUUGGGGUUUGUUCUGGAUCAUCAGUCAAACUGUGUUGAUGAAUCAGAAUGGACUGAUGAGAGAUUCUACCCAUAAUGCUUUGAGCUGCAUGAUAAAUCAGUAAGAGUGAGAUGUUAGAGUCUCUUCAAGACAUCAAUACUGCAGCUGAACUUCUGUCAUUGAGAUAACGUGUAUCAGAAUAAAUGUGUAUAAUUAAUUCUCAUAUAGGGUUCUUGGGUACAGGAAUGAUGGUGGAGCUUCAGUGAUCUGUUGAAGAUUUCCCACAGAAAGCUGAACACUGUAUCGUCAUAUAAGAAUGCUCCUAAAAAGCUAAGGUUUCCUAUUUUUCUAAAUCGAUAAACACCACCAUAACCUAAACAUUAUUUUUCUGUAAUCAGUUGUGUUUAAUCAAAGCCUGUAGAUUCUCUUUACCACCCUUUCUUGACACUUUAUGAGGAUUUCUCUAGUAGUCUGUUUCUCUGCAUUCUGUAAAGAAAGUGAUGCUUAACUCAAACCCUCUUUUAGUUCACAUGACACUAUACAUCCUCACUAUUUGAGACAGUUAUUUGACACUGUCGAGUCCUGGAGUUAGUGUGGCUAUUAAAUAAAUCUUUGCUUGAAGGAGCAGCACCUUCUAAUCUGAAAAAGGCCACUGUUCCAUUUGUACUAAAGAAACCAUCACUUGAUGCCUGUCUCUCUCUCUUUCUCUUAUCUCUAUUUUGCCAUUUCUGUCCAAUAUAUUGGAAAAAAUGUGCUUUUACAGCUCUAGACUUUCUUGAAUGACUACCAGAUUUUUGAGAGGUUUCAGUCAGGGUUCAAAUCCGUACACAGCACUGAAGCCGUUCAGUGCAAGAGUUCUUAAUGAUAUCUAUAUGGCAAAUUUAUGAGACCUAUCCUCUGCUUUUGUUAUUGUCGAUCAUGCUAUCCUUAUUUCUCCACUGGAGUGCUAUAUAGGGAUGAGGAUGGUUUUAAGUUGAUUUAAAUCUUUUUUUUUUUAACCAAUAAACAUUUUCUGUAAAAACAGGACUUUUCUUUUCUUCUCCUCGUAAUAUAUCCUGUGGUGUGCCUCAAGGCUCUGUUUUAGCCCUGUCCUCUUUUCUCCUAUCUUCUCCCUUGAGGGUCCAUUUUUAGGAAUCAUGAUGUCUCGUUUCAUUGUUAUGCUAAUGACAUGCAAAUCUAUACGUCUAGAUCAAAUAAGAGCUCUCCAGACAUCCUAAGAGCCUUGUGGAUGUAAAAGUCAAAACAGAAGUCAUUGUUUUUAACCCUUUAGAAAUCACCUAGACCU